AACGCAAUAGCUUGUACACAGUACGAUGCAAGAGUGCUCCGGAGAGAAUGAAGAUUACCCAAAUAGGAAGAAGGUGUCCGGAGAAGAUCUUUACCAUACGGUACGGUAAUACCGGCACUUGCACACAGUAGACGCAUAGAAACAGCGUCAUGCCGAUACCGGGCCGGGUGUAUUCGGCAGAAACAGUCGGAGGAGACAAGCCUUAAUUAACCUCACCUUCUCUCAGAUUGUUGUCGCUGUCGCUUCCAGAUUCACAUUCAUUCUCCAAUUCCAUUCUGGAAAGGAAUCCAUUGGCCGGUCGUCAUCAUGGUCUCCCCCGCCCUCUCCUCCCGAGCCGCCGUGCGAUCUGUGGCUUCUGUGACGCGCUCCUCCCCCGCAGUUGCCCGCGCUGCUGUGGCUUUCGUUCCUCGUACCCCCGCUUCUCUCAGUAGUCGUCGCGCUCUCUGCUCCAACACCCGAUCCCUCCAGCAGUUCCCUCGUCUCCAGUCCUUUAACACCCUUUCCAAGAGAACCUUUGCUACCACCGGCAGAAUGGCUGCUGAAACUCGGACAGAGAGCGAUGCUUUCGGUGAGAUCCAGGUCCCCGGGGACAAGUACUGGGGUGCCCAGACCCAGCGCUCCCUGGGCAACUUCGACAUCAACCAGCCCCAGGACCGUAUGCCCGAGGCCGUCAUCAAGGCCUUCGGUACCCUGAAGUGCGCUGCUGCUACCGUGAACAUGAACUUUGGCCUUGACCCCAAGGUUGGUGAGGCCAUCAAGCAGGCCGCCACUGAGGUCGCGGAAGGCAAGUUGCUGGACCACUUCCCUCUUGUCGUUUGGCAGACCGGCUCCGGCACCCAGUCCAACAUGAACUCCAACGAAGUCAUCUCGAACCGUGCCAUUGAGAUCCUCGGUGGCACCAUGGGUACCAAGAAGCCCGUCCACCCCAACGACCACGUCAACAUGUCUGCCUCUUCCAACGACUCCUUCCCCACUGCCAUGCACAUCGCCGCCGUUGUCGAGCUCGAAAACACCCUCCUGCCUUCUCUGAGAAGCCUGCGCAACGCCCUUCAGGUGAAGGUUGAGAACUUCAGCAACAUCAUCAAGAUCGGUCGUACCCACUUGCAGGACGCUACCCCCUUGACCCUUGGUCAGGAGUUCUCCGGAUACGUUGCUCAGCUCGACCGCAACAUUGAGCGCGUUGAGGCCAGCAUUCCCCACCUUCGCUACCUCGCUCAGGGUGGUACUGCUGUCGGUACCGGUCUGAACACUUUCAAGGGCUUCGACGAGGCUAUCGCCGCUGAGGUUUCCAAGCUCACCGGUACCGAGUUCAAGACCGCCCCCAACAAGUUCGAGGUUCUGGCUGCACACGACGCGGUCGUCGAGGCCUCCGGUUCCCUCAACACUCUUGCCGGCUCGCUCUUCAAGAUUGCUCAGGACGUCCGUUACCUCGGAUCUGGUCCUCGCUGCGGUCUGAACGAGCUGAUUCUUCCUGAGAACGAGCCCGGCUCGUCGAUCAUGCCUGGCAAGGUUAACCCUACCCAGUGCGAGUCCCUCACCAUGGUUUGCUCCCAGGUUAUGGGUAACCACGUCGCCGCUACCAUUGGUGGUAUGAACGGCCAGUUCGAGCUCAAUGUCUUCAAGCCUUCUAUCAUCCGCAACCUGCUCCACAGCGUGCGCAUCUUGGCCGACGGCAUGGCCAGCUUUGAGAAGAACCUGGUUCACGGUCUCCAGGCCAACGAGGACAGAAUCAGCACUCUCCUUCACGAGAGUCUGAUGCUUGUUACCUGCUUGAACCCCGUUAUUGGUUACGACAUGGCCUCCAAGGUGGCCAAGAACGCCCACAAGAAGGGCAUCACUCUCAAGGAGAGUGCUAUGGAGCUCAAGGCUCUGUCCGAGGAGGACUUUGAGAAAUACGUCCGCCCCGAGCUGAUGUUGGCCCCUAAGGAGAAGAAAUAAGCGGGUAGUUUGGAAAAUGAUGAGUCCGAGAUGUGAAAUGGGGCAUGAUGAGUCGACGCUAUAAUUUUGCUAACCCCUUUUUCAUAUUUGAAUAAAGCCAUGCGGUCAGAUUUAGCAUGUUACAUGUAUACUUGAAAGAAAUCACAUUGUACUAUUUACUUGGUUCUGCAUACCGACUUCUUCCCGGGUUUCGCCGUCAGCGCAACCAAAAAUAGCACUGCUAUAUCCAUACUUGUACCUCGGGAAA